CUUUACUGUAAAUAGCGGGCACUGCAGCAACCUUAAAUGUUGCAUUCUGUCCAUGUAUUCGAUUCUCCGUCUCCCGGAUCCUUCGAGAAGAUCAUCCCCGUCCCCCUGCCCAAAGCCUGACUCUCUGCGAUAUUUUUUAUGUACGAUAUGUUUUCGUAGAAAACAAAAAGAUGGACACGAGAAAUUUUUAUCAUUUUCUAGUUCGACCAUAUCAGUAAUAACGUGAUUCAAUCAAAAUAAAGAUGAAUCUUCAGACAAUUCGGGAGUAAAGCAAGCUCGUGAAAAUAUGCGUACUAUUCUUACCUGAGAGUGAUAAUUGUUGUUGUACUACCUACUCCUACUCCUAGAACAAAGAUGUCAACAGCUCCCUUAAACCCCUUUUCCUCCGAUCCGAGGUACUUCGGAAUCGGUGCAGCGUUCCCGAAGCCAACACGACAACACUGGAAUGCCAGUGCUCCAACAGCAGUUCGAAGCGCCUCUGUUCCUGUGCUCGUGCAAUCGACAGAAGGCCAACAUGUCUCGAACGAACUGCAUCCACCUUUUUCAAGAAUGCACUAUAAUUAUGGAUCAUGACUUCUAUAGAGAUAAUCCUUUCUCUUUUCGCAAUAUGAAUAUUAUUCUUCAGAGUUCGACUUCCAGUUUUGAACUUGCUGUAGUCUUCAUCACUUCUAUAGUUCUUGCAGUAGACCACAAAUUAUUACAAGACUGAGUCUGAGAACAAGGAGAAGGACACGCGGAAAUAUUAAACACGACACGCAAUUUCCACAUCAAAUACUUUUGUCUUCUAAUUCUCUCUGCAAGCAGGUCGCCUCGAAGAUAGUGGACUGCAAGGGCGAUGGAACUCUUUGCGCUUUGGGGGCUAUAACCUGCAACAAUAUGAUCGAACUUAUCGCCCAGACCUUGAGGAGCAUAUAACAGCGGCAAACAAGACAGCACUCGCGCGAACUAGAAUUAUGGCCUCUGAUUUUUGCCAUAACUAGUUUUUUCUGUAGACCACGACCUUCUCAUCUCAACUGAGUUAUUGUAUUGAUCAAAUCUAUUCCGACUUCUGUAGCUUUGGGAUUAUUAAGUUUGAUAUUAAUUUGAUUUCGGGGGAUGGCCAGUCUCAAGCAGAACCUCAUUUGUUUUUGUAAUAAAUUGUCUAAUCCCCGCGCCGCUGCCACGGAGGACGUUUCCCUUCUUAAGAAGGUUCCGCUAGGUGAGUAUCAGGGGAAACGCAUGGAACGUAAUCGCAAUCGCGUUCCCGAAACCAGUUUUGAUCGCGUAAUCUUUCACUCAACCUGUCUGAAAACGCCACAAGGUCAGAAAGUGACGGGCAAUUUCUUCCCGAUUUCACUUAAGGAUCCACCAUCUAUGCGGGUACAGCCAAAUCCUCUAGUGAAAACGGAGGCGGGCAUAGUGGGUCCAGAACACCUCGAAAACGCUGGCAGGUACGUGCAACGACAGAUUUAUCAUCCGUGAGGGUGAGAAGAUCUAGGAGGGUGUGAGUGGUCAGAAAAAAUUAUAUCUAUCCUAAAGGGGUCGCUUCAUUCCUAGGGGUCGUUGGAGAAUACACCAGAAGAUCAAGUCACGACACAUCAGGAGUAGAUACAGUAGAUCUAGAUAGAGAAUGAAUCAAGCAGACGAUAAGACGAUUAUAUAGAAACCAAUCCCCUGAAAGAACAAUAGUUCAAGAUUAUGUGCAUAGGAACGCCUGAAAUUUUCGCGAUACCUUAUCGAAAUUAAAUUUGUAGAAUCUACUUACCUACUUAAAUAGCAUCCAGAACAUCCAUCCAAGUCCAACUCCAAAUUAUAUAUACAUUGUUAUUGUUUGAUCUUGUUUCCAAAAUGCGUAUUAUUGACUAACUAUCCCAAGGGAUCAACAUCAAGGCAAAUAUUAUGCGCCGUAGUUUUGUCAUCUACUCUGUGUAUUUUUGAUGUCAUCAUCAUGAUCAAUCAGAUUCGUAUUGAUGUAUUUCAUUAUCUCAAAUGAACCACACAGGAAGGCGAACCAGGAGCAUCAGAAAAAAAAGAUCUAGUUGUAUAAUUGAGCUUCUACUUCUUUCUACCCCUGAUGUUGAGAUGAAG